AUGCUUGCCUCCAUUGUGCUUCUCUCCACCUUGGCCGCUACGGCCCUCGGCAACAACUCUUCCUCCACCUACACCUUUCCUGCGGGCUUCAACAUUGGCAUGGUGAAGUCGGAUGAGCUGAGCUCGUGGUGUACUGGUCAGCGCAAUGUCUGCCCCAAGGUCUGCCAGAGCGGCACUAAGCUCAACUCGUGCGACCCCACAACCCUGAAGUUUGAGUGUGUCUGUGAGGAUGGCUCCAAGCCCGACGUCUCGCCCUACAUGCAGAGUGUUCCAUUCUAUGUCUGCGAGGCCGCCUUCGGCCAGUGCAUCAGCGCCCACCCCGACGAUGCCGAUGGUCAGAGCACCUGCAAGAAGAACUCCCACUGCGGCACCAAGAAUGCCAGCGAGUCCGAUACCUCGCCUUCGUCUUCGUCUGCCUCGAGCAGCACUUUGGCCUUGGCCACUUCCACCAGCUCCAGCGAGCCCUCCUCGACCUCUUCGGUGGCGGCUGAGAGCCACACCAAUGCUGCGGUCAACGGCCUGACCGGAUACUCGACCGGUAUCCUCGCGACCGCCAUGUUCGUGGCCAUGCGUCUGGUUCUGUGA